AUGCCUAAAAGGCAGACAACCCUGGACAGUGAGGCGAAGCUGGGCCGGGAGCAGCCUGGCUGCCUGUUCUUCUGUGACUGCCACUGUGACCUUGGUGAAGGUACCUUUGACCGGAGCAUGACCCUGCUGGAGGUGUGCGGGAGCUGGCCGGAGGGCUUCGGGCUGCGGCACAUGUCCUCCAUGGAGCACACAGAGGAGGGCCUCCGGGAGCGGCUUGCUGAUGCCAUGGCAGAGUCACCAAGCCGGGACGUUGGAAAAAAAAAGGAAAAAAAAAACAAUGCCAACAGCCCAGCGUCCGUGAACAACCCAACAGUAACAAAGCAUGCGUUCGGGAUGGAGGAAGAACUGCAGCGAGAGGGAAGCAUCGAGACCCUGAGUAACAGCUCAGGUUCCACCAGUGGCAGCAUCCCAAGAAACUUUGAUGGCUAUCGAUCUCCGCUCCCCACCAAUGAGAGCCAGCCCCUCAGCCUCUUCCCCACCAGCUUCCCGUAG